AUUUUUUUUUUUUUGUACUUAAAAUGUUAGAAUGUUAAAGUACUGACAUAUAGACUCGGCUUCAUCAUUCGUAUACUUAUGCUAUACUGGUCUACUACUAUACUGGGGCAAAGCAGUGCUCUUAUUUCACUGUUUAGCAAACUGCCACAAGGAGGGGUUAUAGUGACUUCCUCUCGUGACCUCUUUGACGAACAGUCAUCUGCAUUUAGGAAUGAAAAGCAUCUCAAUGCUAAGGAGCGGCAAUAACGAUGAUUCUCCCAGCCCUCAAAGUUCGUAAAAAGUUUUCGGAGCUGUUUACCACGGUGUGGAAGAGGUGAAAUGAGCCUUCAGACAAGUCGAUCGAGAGGACUUAACCGCCAAAGUUGUCUUUGGACUGCAUGAUUGUUGGUUUGGUGGCCCAUUGAAAGAAAGAAAUGGGCCAAACGUCCGCAUCCUCCUUGUCUCAAAACGCCAGUGUUGAUGGACUGGAAAAAGCUUCCUUGGCGAACUGUGAUGUGGUGGUCGGGGGCACUCAGGCUCCCCAGCUGAAGCAGAAAGGCAAGCUCUCCACCCUGGGCAAGAUCUUCAAGCCCUGGAAGUGGCGCAAGAAGAGAACCAGUGAAAAGUUCCAGGAUCUCUCUAAAGUUUUGGAGAGGAAAAUCUCCACAAGACAAAGCCGGGAAGAGCUGAUAAGACGCGGCGUCCUCAUUGCCGAUCAAGAUGACGGAGUGGCGUCUGAGACUCCCAAUGGGCAUGCCAUGCCAAGUGUGACAAUCGAGGAGGUCAAAGUUGACAUAGAGGCAUCAGACAAAAAAACUGACCCCGAAGCCAACGGUGAUGAGAAAGCAGAUAUGGGUGCUGUGCCCCCUCUCUGUUCUCCUCCCAAAGAAAAGAACGAGCCUAAGGCCAAUCCGAAGGGAACCCAGUCCAGAGCACGAGACCCCCUCACUAAAAAACAACCAAAUGCUCCCCCCAAGUCAUCCGGGGCAGCCGGUGUGGCCGGGAGAAGGGGGGAAGGGCAGGGGGGUGUUAAAAAGCUUCCCAAAACUACAUCAAGGCAGGGCUCUACUGCACCGCCCAAACAAAACCCUCGAAACACUAACACGUGUGGGAAUGCCAAGUCAGCCAAUCAAAGGAAGACAGCGGCCACAUCCAAAGGCAGCUCUCAGCCCUCUCAUUCGUCUUCAUUAACUGCCAAGGCAAAGACUGCUAAAGACAGAGGAGCAGAACAAUCCAGAACAGCUGAGAGUAGAUCUGGCAAGAAAAAUGAGCCCUCUCGAUCACCCAGAGCGCCUAAGGCCUCAAUUGAAACGGAGAGCUCAGCCUCUGAGGGCUCUGGGACUGGAAAAAGUGACCAAAAGCAGGUGUCCUCCAGUGCAGAUGAAGGACGUCCUCAGCCCAGUAUUACAGAGGUUGGAGGAGUGGAUAAGAAGGGAGAGACGUUGACUACAACGGAACCUGAACAGAAGACGGUCGGUCAUGUCACAGAGGAAACGUCUUUCACGGAACCUCAGAAUGAGACUUUCUCUGAUUGCAUGGAGGAACCAGUAGCCAAUAAACAAAAUGGCUUCCCUGAGAAUGCCACUAACCACACACCAGACAAACAAGGAAGUUGUGAGGAGGACCAGAGACCCCAGGCAGUGAAUGUGGACAACCCUGAAGUUACGGUCAUCCCCAACAACCACAGAGACAGCCAAUCUACAGACUCUGACUCCGAUGGGCCCAUUCUCUACAAAGAUGAUACGGAGGAGGAAGACGAUGAUGAAGAAGAUGAAUUCACCUCUAAUUCCCUCGCCAGUAAAAUCAAAAGGCGGGACACCCUGGCCAUCAAGCUGGGCAACAGGCCCAGCAAGCGGGAGCUGGAGGAGAAAAACAUCCUGCCCCGCACCUCACAGACCGAGUGGCAGGAGCUACGGCAGCAGAUCGGCUCCAAGCUGGUGAGGAGUCUUAGCCAGAGACCCACCACAGAGGAGCUGGAACAGAGGAACAUCCUCAGACAGAAGAAUGACACGGAGGAGCAUGAGUCCAGACAGGAGAUUAAAAGAAGACUCACAAGGAAGCUGAGUGUGAGACCUACGGUGGCAGAGCUGGUGGCUCGGCGAAUCCUGUGCUUCAACGAGUACGUGGAGGUGACCGACGCCAAGGACUACGACCGUCGCGCCGACAAGCCCUGGACCAGGCUGACCCCAGCCGACAAAGCUGCUAUCCGUAAGGAACUGAAUGAGUUCAAAAGCAAAGAGAUGGAUGUGCACGAGAACAGCAAGCAGUUUACCAGGUUCCAUCGACCCUGAGAUUGAGCUUGUUGGCAGGGGUCGAGAGGCUGAUAGUGGCUCCUCUCGUCUCGGGUCAGCCGUCUGGAAUACCCCCCCUCAAAGGACCUGACUGCCAGAGCUCUACGCCUCAAACUGGCCUGUUCUUCUCUAGCAUGGACCCCCAUGGACCCACUCACUUUUCCCUAAGGUCAAUGGUAGAGAAGGAACCGGGCCUGAAGAGAACCCUCUGAGAUGAGCAGAAAGAGACUGAAAUGAGUGUAGACUCUGUGCAGGCAGUUUGAGGGUGGGGCAUGGGGGUUUAAAGACGGUCGUGCUUGAAACUAAGGAAGCAUUGUGCACUUUUUUGUUUGUUUUCUUCUUAAGGUGGCCCAGUUCUGUUUAACCAUAAUUCCCAAAAUAUGUGAUGGUGUUGGUCAGCCAAAAGGGACACAUUCACUUAUACACACACAAACACACACACACACACACACACACACACACACACAUACAUACUGCCGGAAUAUCCCCACUCUCGACAGUGUAUUGUACAAUAAACUGCUGAGAGGGGGAAAUAUCAGGGGACUUUUUUAUUUUUAUUUUUUUAUUGUAAAUGUGUCAAUUUUUUUGUAUCUGCAGUAUUAUUGUUCUAAAUGGAAGAGUAUCCUCAGAUAUUAGUGCAUGUGAAAAGUACAUUAUUCCCAGCUUCCCUUGUGUAGGCAAAGCUGGACCUAAGAUGAAGGUGUUUUUAAAACCCAGUGUAAAAUUCCUCUCUCUGAACUGUAAUUGGUCGUAAUUGUUUUUUUUGUACCUUCUGCCUUAACUCUGGGGCUCAUUUGUUCUGUCCUGUGGAGCUUUGCCUGAAUGUAUGUUUGUGCCAUGGCUGUAUUGGAACAUAUCUAGUGUGUUGGGGAAAUCGGAUGAAAUGGAGAGUGUGGGCCCACCCACCCUUCUCCUUCCCAGACGAGGAUAGGCGUGUUUUAGCCUGUAUUUAAUGAGGCUGGUUCUGCCUGCUAGUAUUGAGUGCCUCCUAAAUGAACACUUCAAUGUACCCCAAUCAAUUGUUCGAAAUGUCAAACCCGUGAUCUCUUCCAACUAUUCCUUCUGUGUUUCUGCUCAAUAAGAAUGCUUGUCUUCUAACGUGUUAGAAAAGCUUUACUGCUUCCACUACUACAACAUUUAAUGAAGGGGUUUGUUUAUUUUACUCUAUUGUCAAGUGGCUUAAAAACCUUCAUACUUGUGUCAAAACUCUGAAAGUGUUACUUUUAAUGCAGCUAAGUGAUCGGGCAAGAGAGGAUUUUAAAUUAUUUUAAUUUUCUUUUUUGUAUAGAGUGUAAGUAUGAAACGUGUUAAUACACCAACCUUGCUGGCA